UCCUGGGCGGGCUGCAGCCCUAGUCACUUCUUGUUCCGGAUUAGCCGGGACUGGAAGUGGUACUACCUCAUCUCAGUUAUCGGAUUCGGGGCACUUUGGAGAGGCGACUUGAUCCUCGUGGACACUAGGUGGUGUCCCUUAGAUGCCUUCUACUCCGAGCUUCUGUUUUCCUAGUGGGAAGUAAUUUGUUGUCAUCAGAGCUGGACGUUUUCUGCCCUUUCUUCACCAUCCUACACCUUUUUUAUCCGCACCUUUCGAAGGGAACUCGCCGUUUUCCGCUGUGUGUGUUUGUCUAGGAGAUUGUAAACUUCUUGAGGGCAGGAUCUGUGCCUUUUUAAAUCUGAUUUUCUAGCUAGCGAGCCUCACCCGAGAAGGACAGGUUUGCAAAGUAUCUGUUAAAUACCUGAAUGAACGAAUGAACGAACGAAUGAUUUUGUAUCAUAAACGUUGCUGAAGAGUUAAGCAGUGGAAAAGUUCUAGUAGGGUUUUUCUGUCAAAGAAGUAGCUCUAAGGAAACUUUGAAAGUUACCAGUGUAGAGAACACCAUUGCAAGUAGCUGCGAUGCCUGGAGAAACAGGAAAAACAGAUAUGGAGAGGAUUGGCCUCUUUAGUGAGAUGGAAUAUAUUACUGUUGGUGAUAAAUAUGUGUCACCAUUUAAUCGGCCCUUUAAUGAGGCUGCAAGCAAAAAGAGACAGAUGCUACCUGGGGGAUCCAAGGAAAUGUCAGAUCUCCAGGCAGGUUAUUUCGAUCCCCAUUUUGUAAGGAUUUUUGAAGGCGAAGGCUACAUAAAUGUGAAUCAACUGAAGAGGCAGCAUAUGAUGGGAGAAGCCAAAAAAAAUCUAGGCAAAGCCUUUCUCCCCAGUAGUGGAGAUAAAAAGCCAUGUGGAUUAGGAAGCUACUAUGGAACAAUAGGUGGUCCAAUUCCAUUCUUCAGCGCGCAGUCAAAACCUAGGGACAAGUACCAGCCACCUGGAAAGAAUUUAUAUACAAACCCAGGAAAGAAAGGAACUGGAUAUGGCUAUGCAAAUAUUACCAUUGGUAAACAAUUUUCACACUCAGCUGAUUUCUAUGAUGCAGCAAAAGUAAAUUACAAGAAAGAGACUGCAGAACAUCAUCGUUUAGUUAAAGGGUCACCUUUCAAGUUAAAUCUUUACCCAAGGGAAUACUUUGAUGUGAAUCCUUAUUUUUCUGAGAAACCAUUACCACCAAUUAAAAAAGAAGAGAAGAAAGAAGGAGUUCCAAGCCCUUUUAAGCCCUCUUCUCCUGGUAAAAAGGCCGGUGGAAUGAAGGCAGGGACAUUUGACCCUUACCCAUCACAUUCUGCUGACCCUUAUGUGGCUAAAUUGACAAAGAUUUCUGGCAAAGAUGGUAAGAUUUUCCAUCCUCCAAGUGGACCAAAAAGCAGACCAAUUCAAAGUAUAAUGACUUUGAAUGUCAAAAGGGCACUAAAUAUGAAGAACUACAAGACCGCUUCUGUACAGUCCUAUUAGCAAGUGGGAGUCAAUGAGCUAAUUAGAUCCUGACUACCAGCGAUUGUCAGGAGCUAAUUAGUUGAAAAAAUAUAAGAUGUUGUGAGGCUGAUAGCUAAAGCAUUUAAAAGGAAUAUACAAACUUGUAACUCAAAUCUCUGCCUUAUUUUAAUGCUACUACUUAAUAAAUACUAUUCAUUACUAAUAA